CUUGGGAGUCUUUGCUCUUCUGUGGUGCAGCAAGCAGCAGUCUUGAAGGAGGGUCCCCAAGCUGAAGUUCGGUGUCCCCUGAGGUCCCAGUCCUUGGGCUGAGGUGGCCUUCAGCUUUCUGGAAUGAGCCAAUCUGCACACUGACCAAGCUCCAGGCCUUAGUUCCAAGGCUGACUGGCUGGCUGAACUUGGUGGCCUGACUUGGCCGGCAGCCGUACCUGCCCUGCCCACCAUGGACCAGGACUAUGAGCGGCGCCUCCUUCGGCAGAUUGUCAUCCAGAACGAGAAUACAAUGCCGUGUGUCUCAGAGAUGCGGCGGACCUUGACACCUACCAACUCCCCCGUGUCCUCCCCCAGCAAGCAUGGGGACCGCUUCAUCCCCUCAAGAGCGGGCGCCAACUGGAGUGUCAAUUUCCACAGGAUCAAUGAAAAUGAGAAGUCUCCCAGCCAGAACCGGAAAGCCAAGGAUGCCACCUCAGACAAUGGCAAAGAUGGCCUGGCCUACUCAGCCCUGCUGAAGAAUGAGCUGCUAGGGGCCGGCAUUGAGAAGGUGCAGGACCCACAGACGGAGGACCGCAGGCUGCAGCCUUCCACGCCCGAGAAGAAGGGGCUGUUCACGUAUUCCCUCAGUACCAAGCGCUCGAGCCCUGAUGACGGAAAUGAUGUGUCUCCCUACUCCUUGUCGCCAGUCAGUAACAAAAGUCAGAAGUUAUUGCGAUCCCCACGGAAACCCACCCGCAAGAUCUCCAAGAUCCCCUUCAAGGUUCUGGAUGCACCUGAGUUGCAGGACGACUUCUACCUGAACCUGGUGGACUGGUCAUCUCUCAAUGUGCUCAGUGUGGGGCUGGGCACCUGCGUGUACCUGUGGAGCGCCUGCACCAGCCAGGUGACCCGGCUCUGUGACCUCUCUGUGGAAGGGGACUCGGUGACUUCCGUGGGCUGGUCUGAGCGGGGGAACCUGGUGGCCGUCGGCACGCACAAGGGCUUUGUGCAGAUCUGGGACGCAGCUGCGGGGAAGAAGCUCUCCAUGCUGGAAGGCCACACGGCACGAGUUGGAGCGCUGGCCUGGAAUGCCGACCAGCUCUCAUCUGGGAGCCGGGAUCGCAUGAUCCUGCAAAGGGACAUCCGCACCCCGCCCCUGCAGUCGGAGCGGCGGUUGCAGGGCCACCGGCAGGAGGUGUGUGGGCUCAAGUGGUCCACGGACCACCAGCUCCUUGCCUCAGGAGGCAAUGACAACAAGCUGCUGGUCUGGAACCACUCGAGCUUGAGUCCCGUGCAGCAGUACACAGAGCACCUGGCAGCCGUGAAAGCCAUAGCCUGGUCCCCACAUCAGCAUGGGCUGUUGGCAUCCGGCGGCGGCACGGCCGACCGCUGCAUCCGCUUCUGGAACACGCUCACAGGGCAGCCACUGCAAUGCAUCGACACAGGCUCCCAGGUGUGCAACCUGGCCUGGUCCAAGCACGCCAAUGAGCUGGUUAGCACACAUGGCUACUCACAGAACCAGAUCCUGGUCUGGAAGUACCCGUCCCUGACCCAGGUGGCCAAGUUGACCGGGCACUCCUACCGAGUUCUGUACCUGGCCAUGUCCCCUGAUGGAGAGGCCAUCGUCACUGGUGCUGGAGACGAAACCCUGAGGUUCUGGAAUGUCUUUAGCAAAACUCGUUCGACAAAGGUAAAGUGGGAAUCUGUGUCUGUCCUCAACCUCUUCACCAGGAUCCGGUAAACCACGGGCCCAGCCAUCAGGGCAGAGGAGCACCACCUGUCAUCACGUGCAUGACCCUCCCUCCUGCACAUGUUCCCAGAGGAAGCAGCCGGGGUGGGCGGGGAGCCGGGCCCAGAGAGACUCUGAAGAUUCUCAUUAAAGCCUGAUUGCGAACCCUGUCAGCGGUGUUUGGGCUGGGGAUGUGGUUGGGCACCAGCAGGCACGCGGGGUUCCGGCUCCCUUCACACCAGGUGGCCCCAAGGCCCCAGCUUUGACCGUCUACACUCGGAUGGGGAUGGACGCCUCCCUGGACCCCACCUGCUUCCCUUUGUGUCCAUCAUCACUUUGUUGAGCUGCAUGCUCUUCCCAGAAGCAUGGGUUCACCAGUACUGCCACUGCCCACGUCUGCGACGGCAGAAACAGCUGGAUGCCAAGCCAGUCAGCCAGGGGAGGGCCCAGCAGCAGGACGGUUCAGGUCAGCCCGUGGAUCCACAGGACUCCUGAUAGGUCUCUUGCGGCCACCUCUGCUGUCCCUCCGCUGGCAGCUAUCCCAGUGACUUUGCUAGGGGCCAGGCAUCAGGAGCAGGCCCAGGCAGGCUGUGCACCAGAGGAGGUCAUCUGGAGAUGGACUUGUUCCAGGAAAACGGAAGUUGGGUCCACUUGUCAUCAUGAGCUUGCCCUGAC